GCGUACUGUGUGCUGCGUUUCUGCUGCUGUGCAUUUGUCAAACUUCAUGACGUGUAAAUCGUUUGUUCUCAGAUCUACGGCAACGCGAAAACAUCUUCGAUGUGUAGACUUACGCACCGUGCCAGCGUUGGACGCAGUGUUCAGUGACGUCUGCUUUCACCUAAGGUUCAGCUACUUCGUACAAAUUGCUAGGUCGCGACAGCUGGGAUGAACAAAAAGUACAACACGGCCGCUCAAAGACUUCGCCAAGAUUAUCUGCGGCUCGUCAGGGAUCCGGUACCCUACAUCAUAGCUCACCCCCUGCCAUCCAACAUCCUCGAGUGGCAUUAUGUUGUACGAGGGCCAGAGAACACACCGUACGAAGAUGGAAUCUACCACGGGAAGCUCAUGUUCCCGGCCGAAUUCCCCUUCAAGCCGCCCAGCAUCUUGAUGAUCACCCCCAGUGGCCGGUUCAAGUGCAACACACGCCUCUGCCUCAGCAUCUCGGACUUCCAUCCAGACAGCUGGAACCCUGCGUGGUCUGUCGCCACCAUCCUGACAGGCCUGCUAAGCUUCAUGGUGGAAAAAAACCCCACAUUGGGAAGUAUUGACACUACCGACAGGGAAAAGAGGCAGCUUGCAAGGGAGAGCCUAGAGUUCAACUUGAAAGAUGAAAUGUUUUGCGAGCUGUUUCCAGACCUGGUUGAGGAAAUGAAGGAGCAGAUACAGAAGAGGAAAACGGAGGUGGAGGCACAGAAUGCGUACCUGGCCGAGCGCAGCAUAACGGGCAGCAGCCUGGGCGACCAAGGGUACGGCCUGUUGGGCAGCACCCUAGCCAACAUUUUCGUCAUCGUCGGCUUUGCCGCAUUCGCGUACACCGUGAAGUAUGUGCUGACAUUCAGCGCCAAGUGACUGCGGCCGCCGCGCGCACAAGAAGACCCGAAGUGGGGUGUUGCGCGUGCGGACAACAAGGGACUCAAAAGAAACUGAAAAAAAAACAAAAAACCAGAGGGGGACGGGGAAGGAAGACUGUGUCAUGCCACCAGCCACUUUAGCAUUAUGUACAUAGCUAUGCGCGUUAUUUCUAUACGAGUCAGUUCUGCCUGGCAGUGACGAGCAGUGGCGAGACUCGGCUCUGACACUUUUGAAAGAUGGGGAGGGACGGCACACAUUGUCCCGAGCCUCUUCAUUUUACUCUCCCCUCGCUCAAAAAGCAGAUGAUGAGUAAACGAUAAAAUGUUUGUGCUGCUUCUGUUCUCGGAGAACUUUGGUUUGGUGGCAAAGGUUGUCAGAGUGUUUCAGUCUGUGUUCACCUGCGAAAUUUCAGCGGUUUAGGGGAAUUUUUUACGUUGGUUCUGCACUCUUGGAGCUUGGAUAGCAGAGGUGUGAAAAGCUGUUUUGCAGUGAGAAGAAUCUGCAACUUUUUGUUAAACGUUUUGUCAGUGUUGUUGGUGUACUUGUGAAAUGAACGCUCGUCACAAUGGCCAUAUUUCAUACUUUUGUUCUGUAAAGCUUGCAGCACAGUAUUUUAAUGCCAUACUACUAAUAGCAGCGGUGGUUCGUCACGGAGCAAGUGAAAAGUUCAAAAUCCAUGCUAGGCAAACAUUUUUUUAUGGCAUUAUCAACAGCUUUUGGUGUAUGUGGUUAGCAUUUUUUCUUUUUUGGUGACUUUCUGUAUAGAAAACAAAAACUCAGUUAUACAUAGGGGUCUCUGUGCAGCCUGUGUGCAUUGUCAUGCCCGAGUCGCGCGCUGUUUUUGUUAUGGGGUAAACACUAUGUACAGUUAACAAAUUGCUAUGAAAUUGAAGCUUGACGUGUUUUGGCUGAGACACUAUUCACGUUUUGCAUUGGAAAUGUGCACUCCGACCCAAGACGUGAGAAGCCAUAUUCGUGAACCUUGUUAAUGAAAGAAAAAAAAGAAAAAAUGUGUACGAUAUUAAAAAUUUUUCAGAACGA